AUGACUGCUGACCACCGCUCGAUAUGCAAGUUUGACACACCUCAAGACCCCAACUAUAUACUCCUACGAGACGCACUCGCCUCUACUGUGAGCAAAAUUGCCACGGCAAUUCCAGAGAAGAAGCGUGAGAGGACCAAAAAUCUCAAGAAGUACCUCGAAGUUUCGGAUUUGUUGGAUGACGAUCUUGCAAAUGUCUGCGAAUCUCGGAUGCGCGGGUCGUGCGAAUGGAUUUCGUACAAAGCCAGUUAUGCCGGAUGGAAGGACGGGGAGUACGGAAAUGACAGAACGCUAUGGAUCAAGGGCAAGCCAGCAACUGGAAAAUCUGUUCUUGCCGGCUAUGUCAUCGAUCAGCUCAAGGGGUCCGGCCAGGCUUGCAGCUACUUCUUUUUCAAACAUGGAGACAAGUCCAAGGCUAACCUAGGUCGUUGUCUCCGAUGUCUGGCUUUUCAGAUGGCGAUCUCCAAUGCCGAAGCCAGUGAUGCCAUCCUAAAAAUGCAGGCGGAUGGUAUCUGCUUCAAUGGCGUCGACGAACGUACUCUGUGGAGAAUCCUCUUCCUUUCCGGAAUUUUUCAGGCCGCAAUGACUCGACAUUACUGGGUCAUCGAUGCUCUGGACGAGUGUUCCAACCCUCCGGUCCUUUUGAAUGCCAUUCUUUCCAACAUGGACGAAUCUAUACCACUGAGAAUUCUUGUCACAAGUAGGGAUACGGUCGAGCUGGACCAAGGUUUCUCGGCCAUUCCACCCAACCUGGUCCAGUUCUUGCCAAUCUCGGUAACAGAUACAAAAUCAGAUCUCAGACUUUUGAUUGAGAGGAGGACCCAGGCCUUGGGAGUCGUUAAACCUAACGAUCGGGGUAAACUGGCCGAGAAGAUUUUAGACAAAUCUAAGGGGUCUUUCUUGUGGACAAUUUUGGUACUUGAGGAACUCCUACGUUGCCACAGCAGAAAGGAAAUUCACCAGAUUCUUGAAGACGUGCCAAGAGGCAUGGGAUCACUGUACAAGCGGACUCUAGACUACAUGUCACAGGUCACUCGCGGAAAGGAGCUGACCAAAACCAUCCUCAUGUGGGCAGCAUGUGCGGUUCGACCAAUAUCAAUUAGCGAAUUAGACGGUGCUCUGACCCUGGACAUCCACGACUCAUUCCCGAACUUGGAGGAGAGCAUCGCCGCGCUCUGUGGUCAAUUGGUGGUCGUGGACAAAUAUGGGCGAGUCAAUAUGGUGCAUGAAACUGCCAGAGAAUUUCUUGUAGCUGGCGGACUAGAGUCUGAAUUCUCCAUAGAGAAAACUAAGGCGCACACACGAAUGGCUGAGGUGUGUCUCAGCUACCUCGUCGGAGAAGAAAUGAAACCUCCAAGGACCAAGCGGCGCCGUUCUUCGGCAAACUUACCAACAAGACUAGAUUUCGCCAUCUAUGCAUACACAGCAUACUCAUAUCACCUCUCGAAGGCUGAUCCAUUGGCGACAGAGGCGUUCCAGCUUGUCACGCGGUUCCUCAAAUCCAACGUACUUACUUGGAUCGAAACGAUUGCCGAUUCCCAAAAUCUCACUCAUCUCAUCCGUGCCUCAAAACACCUCAAAACCUACGUGGAUAGAUGCGCCGUUGAGCGUUCACCACUAGACCCUCAGAUGCGGGCGCUACGACAGUGGAGUACGGACCUUGCUCGGAUUCCUGCCAUGUUUGCCAACGUCCUCACGGUGUCACCGUCAGCAAUAUACUCGUUGAUACCGCCAUUCUGUCCCACUGAAUCUAUGGUAUACAAAACCGGAGGCUCAAAUCAGAGGCUCGCAGUGCUUGGCACUUAUAACAAGCAAUGGGAUGACAGGAUGCUGUGCAUCGAUUUCCACCAGGGUCAACCAAGAGCUUUGCGCUAUGGAGACGAGUUCCUGGCCGUCGCUCUCAGUUCAGGAGCUGUCGUAUUGUACCACGCUACAUCCUACCAGGAGUACAAGGUCUUAAAACACGGUGAAGCUGUUAACUUCAUUGCUUUCAAGACCAAAACUGACCUUGUAGCAACCUGUGGUAUCAAGACGACCAAGAUCUGGGACAUCAGAAAGGGGCAAGUGGUAGACAGCCUCAUGAGCCCUCCGCGUCCGCUGGGAAUGGAAUUCGAUGGAGAUAUGCUUUUGAUUGCAAGUCGAAACAACUACAUUGAGACUUGGAAUUUGGGACACGACGCCCAGGCGGAGUCGGUGCGGAGGCCAUGGAGUGGUGCCAAUACGCCAGAUACGAACCAAAUGCCUCUACGGGGAACCCCAUGCGCACUAACUCUCUCUACCAGCCACGGAAUGCUUGCUGUCGCCUACAGCGGCCAACCCAUCACACUAUGGGACAUGGAAGAGGACACUUACGCUGGUAAAUGUGGCAAGAAACUCUCCAGUGGAGAGACGUGCACGCAUGUCGUCGUCGCGCUUGCUUUCAAUCCCAAUCCCGACAUAAACCUUCUCGCAGUCGCAUAUCUCGAUGGUGAUCUCGCCCUCCUUGACCCCUAUACCGACCGGCAGCUGGAAUGCUUUCGUGCCAAUUGCCAAACCCUCUCUCCAAGCCCUAAUGGGCGUUUCCUCGCAGCGGGUGGUGCAAAUGGGAUUGUCCACGUUUACGAAUUUGAUACGUUCAAACUUCUCUAUCGGGUCAAGUCCUCUAACUCCUAUAUCAAGCAGCUUGCUUUUGCCAGAGACAGUAUGCUUCUUGCCGAUAUACGAGGCACCCAGUGCACUGUUUGGAAACCUGAAGCUCUGUUGCGAGAGUCCCUCGGUGAUGAUAGCAGCGGGCUCACUUCCACUACAGUGGUCGAGACGCUUUCCAUGGAAGCUAAAGCGAAGAUUACUGCCAUGGUGGUCCAUCACACAUUCGCAGUCGUCUUUUAUGGAAAGGACGAUGGGUCAGUCGUCCUGAUCCAAAAGUCAGCAGACAAAGGUUGGCUCAGCGAUCCGACUGUACUCUUCAAGUCCCACCUCGACUCUGAGAAGGCAAUCACAGAUGUGCUAGUAGGAGAAAUAGCGGCCAAGUUCCUGGUAUCAACUCGCGAGUCUGAUUAUUUGUUCAACUUGGAUAACGGCAAACAACGUCAAAGCCUGCGCCUACUGCUGGAGUGA